AUGUGGGAUACUCACAUUCACUGUCUUGACCCGGAAUGUCAUCCAUUCAAACCUACACGAACUUACACACCUCCUCCUGCUCCUCUAGAGGAAUUGGUCGUCCAGACCCGAGCCGACCGAGUCGUCUUGGUGCAGGCAUCGAUCGAAAAUGGCCACUAUGGCUUGAUGGACCAUCUUCAGCGCAUUCGCACGGAAUUCCCCCACUUAUUUGCUCGUGGAAUCAUAUGCAUGGAUCAGAGUUGGACUACUUUGUCAAACCAAGAUAUUGAUGCCUUGCAUGAGCUUGGUGUGCGCUAUGUUCGUAUACAUGGCUUUCUAGGGGAGUCCGUGCCCAACUCUUCUUCUCUAGAAGAGCAAAUUCGUCUGUUCGCCCGUUCAUACGCAGUUCAGAGAUGGGGCUGGGGGUUGUCGGCUCAGUUAAGCCUCGCCACAUGGGCCUCACUCUCAGAGUUUAUUAUCCACGACACGGAAAUUUUCCGACUUUGCAUUAUUGCGGAUCAUGUCGCCUGCUGCUCACACCGCGAUAUCGGUACGCCACAAUUUGAAGCGUUUUUGAAAAUGCUGCAGACAGGACGAUUGUAUGUCAAGAUCUCGUGUCUCUAUCGACGAAGUCCAGACGACAUACGGCAUAUGAAGCCAAUUAUUCAAAGUUUGGCGGAGGCUGCGCCUGAUGCAUUACUUUGGGGUAGUGACUGGCCCCAUGUGGAUAGCAAUAAGAGACUGGACGACUCACGGACGGUGUCCACGCAGGUGGACAUAGGAAAGGAGCUAGAGGUGUUGCGGGGGUGGUUAUCGGAAGUCCAAUGGCGAAAGAUGCUCUUCGAAACCCCAGAAAAGCUCUUCGCUGACUGA